CAGAGUCUGGCAAUCUGGACCAGUCGGGUACCAUGCAGAAAAUGGAAAAGCCUCCAGAAGAGGCUCCCACCGAAUCCUCGGAAGUCCAAAGACCAGCCAAGCCCCCAGAUGACAGCCACACAGAUGGCCAGGAAGACAGCGGGCAGAACCAGUAUGAAGUGGAGGCAGAUGACCAGACUGAUGACAGAGCAGCUGACCAGACUGCCCAAAUGGUGUCAGGCCUAGAUGAACCCAACAUAGUUAAUCAAGCUGACUACAAAGUAGAUGAACACAUGGGAGAAAGAACAUCUGAUCAGGCUGAUCAGAGGAUGUCAGAACAGAUGGACAGCAAGGCAUCUAGCCAAGCUGAUGGUGUCAGGUCUGAACAUACUGACAACCAGAUGUCUGCCCUGCCUGAACAAGGUACUUAUGAGCAAACUGAAAGGAGAACGUCCAACCUAGCUGAGAGAAGAACUUCUGAACAGUUCGACCGAAAGCCAUCUGUGCCAUCUUUACAAAGAGCCGAUGGGCAGAGUGAUCACAGAAUGCCCCGACCAACUGACCAAAGAACUGCUCAACAAAUUGAAAGUAGAUUGUCCGGCCUGAUUGAGACAAAAAUUUAUGAACAAGUUGAUCAGAGAUCAUCUGACCAAGUUGACCACAGAAGAGCUGCAAAGACUCACCGCAAAGUGCAUGACCAGGCUACUAAACAAGAUGAACACCCUGAGACUGACUCUGACAAGGCUGGUGGUGAAUCUGACCAGGCUGAUGACCUACUGGGCGAAGAGCAUGAUUACACAGAAGACAACCUGUUUGACUACGGAGAACAGUCUGAUGACAACAUAUUCAGACAACUUGGCUACGGCAUGGAAGAGGAAGAGGAUGACUUCAAAGUGCAACCCUGCAAAUUUGAGCCUAGCCAGACAGAUGCCAGCAUAUCUAAGACUUCCAAUGAAACUGACACUGAAAGUGUAGCAGACCUGCGAGUCUUCAUGCCAUUUGAUAACAGUACUUUACAAACAAAAGAACAAGCCUACUCUGAAAGGUUUCCCUCCAUUUCAUCUAAACUGGACUAUAUCAUCAGUCGAGAAAAACCUCAACCCACAGAAGUCGAGCCUGAUGAUUUUUCAACAUACCAGGAAAGGAAUUCUGAUGCAUACAGUCAACCUUUUAAGAGGCGAUUCCCUCCUAUAGUAUAUGAAGAUCCUUAUCAAGUUUCACUUCGAUACAUGGAGAAACACCACAUUCUGCAAAUAUUCCAGCAGAUCACUGAAAACUUAGUCUAUGAAAAGCCAGAGGAUCCCCUGAAUUUUAUGCUGGGCCAGGUACAGGAAAUGAUACAAAACAGAAACAAAUGUGAAAACUACAAAGAAUGAAUCUCUCCUCAACAUUGUUUACAACCAUCGAUGUCAACACUAUGUUCUGUUGCCCACUCUGAAAAAUCAUUUUUGAAUGGUCAUUGAUAGUGACUCUGCCUAAAUGUGUUUUUAUUUUUUAAGUAAAAACCUACUGAGUAUCUGUGUAAAAUUCAUAGUACAGUUACAGAUACUUCUGGCUAAUCAUACAAAACAUAUACACAUAUACUUAUCCGUGCAUUGAUAUUUCAAUACUCAUUCCUCCAAAGCACUGAACAGAAACAUGUUCACAAAUUCCAAAGAGGAUCAAGAAAAGAAUAUUAGCAAUUUAUAUGCAGUUCCCAAAAGCAUACAAAUCCAUCAUGUCUCAAAGUUGUUUAUAGAAUUUUCAAUCAGAAAAUGUGCAGAAAAUAAUUUGUAGGAGUACUUUUAGGAAAUAAUUGGUGUACGAUCUCUUUUCUUGUUUCUUAAUACCUCCAAGAUAUUUUUACUAUUUUCCCCUUUGACCCUGCCUGUGAUAGUCUGACAUUAGGGGAUGCGAUUUAAUCUAUUCCUUGGGAUAGUCUUCUUCUGAUUUUUAACCUACAGCAAAACUCAAACAUGUUAUACUACUCUGUACACGCCUGUGGGAGAGGCAGAAUGUCACUUCCUUAUUACCUUUAUCCUCUGAAGAGUGUCUACAUUGUAUGGAAUGUGCAACCAGUCAAACUGGUAUUUAAAAGCUAAAAGCUUUAACGAGGUCUACAUGGUCUGAGAGUACCCAGCAAUCAUAACUGAGAUGAUCAUAUGAUACUACUUUUGUCUGAAACUUUCAUUUAAUUUCUGAGCAUUAAAGCAGACUUGAUUAUUGA